AUGGCCGACGAAGGGCGACAAACAACGCCGGAGGAACAUAUCGAUGGUCAACAGCAGGCCGUCGCAAAAUACGUUCCCGGAAACAAGAUUCAAAUCACAGAGAUCAUCGCCAACAAGCAAAAGAAGAAGAAGCUUUAUGUCGCGUUCAGCCGAAAGACUUCGAGCAAGAAGACAGAGUACCAACUGACUGAGACGGCUGGCGACACCACAAAGCUCUACAUGAACGGGAAGUGGUUUCCUCAGGACCAACCAGCCGAUGUAGAACAGCAGGCCGACUCUACCGUUGGCGAAGACAAAGAUGAUGAAGAAGACGAUGGAUCUAUCUUCCCACCCGGUGGGUCAGGACCGUAUCCAACCAAAGUCCGGACACUCGAAAAAUGUCCGAAUGGCUACGCACGACUCGCAGCCUUCAAUGCAAGUGAACAAAACUUCAUGCUCUACCGCGGCUUCAGCAACGUUCACGCACGCCUCCUCUUAAGCCACCAAGCCAGUAUUCAGAAGCUCGAAGCCGAGCUAGACGAUAUGGACCGCUUCCAUAACACCCUUCCUGAGGCCUCCAAGAAGCGCUUGCGAUCCUGGGAUCUCGACGUCGCAGUUUGCAGACAAGAGAAAGAGGAAGCAAAAGAAGACGGAGACGAAGAUGAAGCCCGGACGCGAGAAGACAUCCUAGAGGAAUUGAGAAUCAAAGUUAACCGAUACGACGAGCUACUGAUCAAAGCGAGAGAGCUCAUCUCUUUCCAACGGCCGACCGAACGUGACUACCAGAGCGUGAGAAACUGGUUCCACAAUAGUGCGCCCCUUGUUGACGAGGAGCAAGAUUAUAUAUUGUGGAAAGAGGAUAUUGUGACGCUCAGACAUGGGAGGGAGUGGGCGGGUUUUGACGGCAUGGUCGAAGCCAUGUUGCAUAAGAUAGAUAGCAGACCCAUUCAAUGGCUCUUCCGGACCGAUGAUCAGAGGCGUAAAUCCACGGAUAAGAGGAAUUACUACUUUGCUCCUUCGAGGGUGUCGACGCUGGUCAAUCUCUGCAUUACUGUUGCGCUUUUCUUGCUGCUGGUAGCUCCGGUAUUGGCGAUGUACCGUCUGUCGACUAUCAAGACCACGGAAUGCGUUUUUGCAGCUAUCGGGGUUUUGAUGGUUUUCACGCUCCUGUUCGCUGCAGCUAUGUCGCUGCUCACGAAGGCGAAGAGGCACGAGUUGUUUGCUGCUGCCGCAGCUGCUCUACAGGAAUGCGGCCAGCCUGUGACAUCGAGUCGGGUGGACUAA